AUGCCUUCUGCUACCUCCCCACCGGUAGUACCGGCUGUCCGUAAAGGGGAGGCGUUUUCCUUGGGUAAUGGAACAAUGUCUGGUUCUACGGAAACCGAGGGUAUCAGUCGUAUGACCAAAGACAUGAAAAAUCUAGUGAAAAGGAUACAAGACCUAAGGCACUUAGGCAUCGAAGACAGCAAAAUCGCACUUCCCAAGAUAUGCGUUGUCGGUGAUCAGUCAACCGGAAAAUCGUCCUUGAUUGAAGGCAUGGCCGAAAUCAAAGUCCCUCGCAGCUCAGGCACUUGUACUAGAUGCCCGAUAGAGAUCAAUCUAUCGGAGAGCGACAAACCUUGGCAGUGCGUGGUAUCUCUUAGCAAGGGAUACGCCUUUAUUCCAAGACAGAGGAUCUCAAAGGCAAACCCUCUCGGUUCGUGGGCGCCUCAGGAUCCCCAAGAAGAACACUUCAUUACGCUCAAUCGGAAGGAAGAAGUACAAGAGGCAAUUAAAUGCGCACAGGUGGCAAUUCUAAAUCCGCAAAACGACUCAUCCUUGUAUGUCCCUGGCGGUCUGUCCAGCUCAGACACUUACACGAAAGCGAAGUUCUCCCCGAACGUUGUCCGAUUGGCUAUCGCCGCUCGUGGGUUUCCAAACCUAGCCUUCUACGAUCUCCCAGGUGUGAUUAGUCAGGCAGAACAUGAAAGUGAAGCUUAUCUCGUUACUAUCGUUGAGUCUCUGGUGAAACAGUACGUAUCACAAGAGAGUUGCAUUGUUCUUCUCACAUUGCCGAUGACGGACGAUGCUACUAACUCGAGUGCUGCACGCAUUGUUCGCGAGAUGAAAGCUACCCAGAGGACCUUGGGAGUUCUCACCAAACCAGACCGAAUGGAAGAUAUUGGUCAAUGGGCUGACUUACUGGGUGGUCAUAAGUUCCUCCUCGGCCACGGGUACUAUGUAAUUCGUAACAACCCUGACCCUACCGUUGACCAUCUCCAGGCUCGACAUGAAGAGAACUCGUUUUUUCGACGGGUUCCUUGGACAAGCGAUUUGGCAAUGUUUCAGAGCAAAUUCGGAACCCGGAAUUUACAAAGUGCUCUAUCAGAAUUGUUACUGGCCCAAAUCAAAAAAUGUCUUCCAGAUGUCAUCAGCCAGAUAAACGAAAAGGCCGAGAGAAUAAACCACGAGCUCGAGUUACUUCCAGAUCCCGUGAAGCAGCACAAUCCCUACGCUCUCUGUGCUAAGGUCCAGGAGCUCAAGGGUCGGGUUGAAGCAUGUGUAGACGGAGGAAUGGAAAUACCCAUGCUCAAAAUCUUCAACCAUAUAGCCUCCGACUUCCGUCUGGCUCUCCAACAAACGAGGCCUACACUCAAAAUGAUUUGUGAUCAGGAUAUUUUCCAUAGGAAAACCGACGAGGCAGAUUCUGAUUGCGAGAUCGUUCCAAUAAUGCACACCCCCAAGAAGAGGACUAGUUAUUCAGAGUCCAAACCCGCAACGCCAUCAAUUUCGCGACAGAAACAGUUUUAUCAGACGGAGCAUUUUAAUAAUUUCAAGGGCAGGUUCUUCCUCUCCCCACGCCCAGCGCAUAAUUUUCAUCUCACUGACAUCCGCAAUAUUAAUGAGGAUCAUUCGACAGGUACCACACUGACCAAUAUUCAUCCUCAGGCUAUCGAUGCUCUUAACAAGCAGAGUGUCACACAUUGGAGAAAACCUCUCGAUAUUUUCCUCGGCGCUGUUCACAAGUUGGUGAAACGCCAUAUUUUGGAUCAAGUCAACAAAGUAUUUGCACCAUAUCGAGAUACGGAGCUUCACCGCCAGGUUUCCAGCAUAGUUGAGCAGCAUAUUUUACAGCUAAAGCAGGAUUUGGAUUUGCAAGCCUCUGAGUUACUGGCCCUUGAAGUUUCUAAGCCGUUCACAAUGGAUCAUGCACGCCUUCACGAGCUGGAAAAACGUCACCUUGAGGAUUUUAGCCGCCGGCGCAAGUAUACCAGAACAAAGAAGUACUUAGAGUCCCAGGGUGAACUACCUGACGAUGCCACCAAGGUCAGUUCCAGAAUCCAGCAAUUUGAGGUUGUCGAACCCGAUCCGUUCGAAAAAGAAAUAAAAAUGAUGGCAAGCUCCCGUGCUUAUUACGAAUUGGCCUCAGUGCGCUUCGUCGAUUCACUUUGCCAGAAUGUGCAUAUAAAAUUGUUCUGGAAGUGUAAAGAGAUGCAUGCAGUGAUCGAAGAUAAACUGGGAGUGUAUGGGCAGGACUCUACGGCUCUGUGUGCUCGCCUCAUGGCCCAAGAUCCUGAACGCCAACGGUUGCGGGAGUCAUUAGUCAAGGAGCAAGUAAAACUGGGUACUGCCCAAGAAUGGCUUGCAACCAUAUCGAUGCUAGAGAAUGAGAGCAACGUAAUGGACUACGACGAGAAUACGUUUGCAAUCCCACCACCUUCUACACCCGAAGAGGAUAGCAAAUCCCAGGUGUUCCGCGAGCUUGGGUGAUUGAUGAAUCUCGGUUUGAGAUAUUUGCUCCGAUCGUACGCAGCUGUCGUUAAUGUUGCUAAUUCAGUGCCCACCCUUCAAUGCCACUUGAAUAUUUUCUUUCUGUUCGAGCCUGAAUAUUCUACCUGCAUUCGGAAUUUCUGAUAACCCCCAGGUUUUGAGACUGGUUGUCGGAGGAUUGGGAAGUGUAUCUUUUUAUGAUGUUGUUGAAAAUGCGAUGUACGGAAGAGGGUAUUUUGUCACUUCAGAG